AUGUCCGCAGAUCCUCACUCCCAGAAUGAUGGUGCUUCCGGGACUCUCGGUUCCAACGACGGUCUCCCACCUACCGUAGCGACUUUCUCUCCGACCAAUAUAUCGGGUAACUCGUUAACUUCCAAGCAACGGUCUACGAUUAUUGUUCACCGGAAGUCACCUCUCCUGGUAGCUACUCCUCCCGCAGUCACUCGUGCGCUGGCAUACUCUCAUCCGUUUCUUCUUCCUCUGAACCGGCUGGCGGGACUUUUAUCAUGGACAAGCGGGGAUCCGUGGGAGAGCUUUCUCUUGGUUGGUGCCUUUUGGGCUGUUACACUACACGGUAGUGCCAUAAUAUUAUGGGGUGGACCGAUCCUAGUGGUUGUUGCUUUGAUGCUGGGUCUAUACUCCAGGCGGUACUCCCCUUUAUCAUCUACAGGCUUGACCGGAGAGAAACAUAGAAGAGAUGGCUCCGACGGGUCGACAAGGCCUCACAAAACUCUGGAUGAGAUUGUCGAGACAUUAAGGGAGUUUACAACAAGGUGCAACAUCUUACUUGAACCUCUGCGCGACCUCACCGAUUUUCUUUCUACACAGCGAACUGCGACAUCAACUACAACCCGGCCUGCCUUAACUGCAUUACUUACCCGAAUAAUCCUCAUUACGCCUGUCUGGAUUCUACUCACCCUUCACCCUAUAUACCUCAUCACCAUCAAAAGAGUUGUCAUAACUGUUGGCACCAUCAUCCUAACGUGGCAUUCUAAACCUGCGCGCAUCUUUCGGGUGUUACUCUGGAGAUCAUUGACCAUCCGGCAUAUCUGCUCAACUAUUACUGGCCUGCAACUAACUUCACCCCCGAACAAUAACAAUAACGACCAGCAAUCUAGUUCUUUCACAAAAUCUUCACUACUGUCCUUGACCCCUUUCCGCUCCAAGCAGCAAUCGCAGCACGGCUCGACAAAGCGUCGCGCAAGCUCGUCGGGUGUACGGUUCACAUUCAUCGUAUAUGAGAACCAGAGGCGGUGGCUGGGUAUUGGAUGGACCUACUCCCUGUUUGCCUAUGAGAGACCGGCAUGGUCGGAUGAGCACCUGAAUCCGGUACCUCCAAAGGACGAAUUUGAACUUCCAGAAGUUCAGGGCAGUAACUCCAAGUGGAGGUGGGUAGAAGGCAGCGAAUGGCGCAUCGAUAACUCACCAGAUCCGUCUGCGAAGAAGAAGGGUAAGGGGAGCAAGAAUAAUGAUAAUAAAGACGACAGUGGCUGGAUUUACUAUGAUAAUAAGUGGCACGAUGGUCGUCGCGGCCAAGAUGGUUGGGGGAGAUAUACAAGACGCCGCAAAUGGUGUCGAGAUGCAGAGCUUGUCGAAAUAUCCCCUGAUGGGGAUAUCACAGGGACGCCUUCAAAGACAGCGACUGAAAAUGAAAGUAAACAUAACGGUGAUUGCGGGAAGGACAACAACUCGGGCGAUGAUAAGAACAGCACCAAGGCCCGCAAACGGCGGUGGUUUGGUAGUGCAGACUUGAAAGGGUUUUCGGCGGUGGGAUCAGAGCCAUCCAGCUCUACUCAACCUAUCAAUGCCGAACCAAUUUCAACUUCUCCGACAACGACAGGAUCAAGCCUACCUAAGGCAUUGAGCGUCUCUAGUGGCCGCAGUUCAAAUAACAAUAAUGGGUCAAUACGCACACGGAACAAACGGCCCUCUAGUAUAUACACAGAAGGUGAUAGAAAGAGUCAAACUUCUAGCAUUCGUGAUCGAGAGAUUGAAGAAGCCGAAAACAUGCCCGAUAAGUGGGGAAGCCAAUCUGGAAAUGCAGCGGAGAGAGCGGGCAGAGGCUGGGGACUGGGGGAUGACGCCCAUAUGAGUUUAAGUUGA